GUCAUUAAGUGCGCGAUCCCCAAGUGAUAAGUUUUUUUUUCCUUUCUCUUACCCUCGAUAAAUACGAAACCGACUUAAGCAAGAUGAUUAUGGACUUGAACUCUAUAAUAUGUAAUAAUUAAAAUUAUUUACUCUUAGUAUUAAAAUAUUAUUUACAUAUUAUUAAAUACCGUGUGCUCAGGUAUGUACUUAUUUUAAUUUAAACUUCAUCAUGGUGAUAAAUUAUGGCAAUUGUUUUACAAUCUUUGUAUGGUGAAUUAAAAGAGAUACGUACUUAUUUAAUUAAGAUAGGCCCAAAGAGGAGACAAGGAGAUAUUUUGAUAAAUAAAUUAGAGGCGGCUAAUAAACUUUAUGAUAAAUAUAAUAAUUGGGUUAAUACAUAUAAAGGUAAUGACUCUGAGAUAUUAAAUUAUUGUAAGCAUAUUUUAGCCAUAUAUCAAGAAAUUGUGGAUUUGUGUCAAAGUGAUACGUCGAUAAGUGAAUCAAGUGUAACCAUGUCGACCUUUGACUUAAAAACUGCUUUGAAUUUAUUGCCCUGUAUGACAGACACAGAGGCCAACACAAAACAAUUAAUUGACAAUAUAGAAUAUUAUGAUUCUUUACUGGGAAAUGAAAACUGUAAACAGAAUUUAAUUAAUUUUGUUCUAAAAAGCAGAUUGUCACAAGCUGCAAAAUUAAGAUUGAAUUCAAGCUAUUUAAAUGUAAAAGAUUUAAUCACGGACAUGCAAAAUGAACUUUUACCUCGAAAGGCUUCAACUGCAAUUUCCACUAAAUUAGAACAAAUAAAACAAAAUAAUUUGUCUAUAUCUGAUUUUGGUAGACAAUUAACUGAACUUUUUGUGGAUCUUACGAUUUCCCAAGCCGAAGGUAAUUCCAAAAAAUAUGAAGUUUUAAAACCAAUAAACGAAAAAAUUGCAGUCAAAAAAUUCGCGGAUGGCUUGCGAAAUCGUAGGCUGAGUACAAUAAUCGCAGCUAGGAACUUUAGCUCCCUGAAGGACGCGAUCCAGGCGGCGCAGGACGAGGACGUGUCGAGUUCAUCAAACUCCGGCGAAAUCAUGGGUAUGUCCAAAAAUACUAAUUUCAAUUCUAACUAUAGGGGAAGACGGAACAAUUUCAGAGGCGCUCGAGGACAAUACAAUACUCGUUAUUUUUCACCUAAAAGUCAAGGACGAGGUUUUUAUGGUAAUCAACAGCAGCGUGGGAGGAACCAUCAGAGUAAUUCACCGAUGCGAGGACAACAUUUCAGAGGUCAGAACAGAGGCUAUAGAGGUAAUUACCAUAGAUCUUAUUGGCGAAACCAAGGAGUACAGCAUCAACAUAAUGUUAAUCUAAUAAAUGAAUCGCAACAAGUGUCACAAAACUUAGAACAAAGUUCAUUAGAAAAAUCAAAUAACACAAAUCAAACGUUUUUUCGUGACUAAAAAAGAACCUACUAUUAUGUCAUGCGAUAGUGAUUUUUUACAUCAUUUUCACUAAAUGGAAAAUUAAUUUCAUUUUUGAUCGAUUCUGGUGCAUCUUUAUGCGCUAUAAAAGAAAAAUGUGUGUUAGAACAAAAUAUUCCGUUCCAUAAAGAUUGCGUAACCAUAAAUGGGCUCGGUGGCAAAGUCCAAGCAAUGGGAUACGUUUACCUACAGUUGCAAGUCAAUGACUCUAUAAUUAAUCAUAAGUUUUAUGUUUUCAAAUCGUUACCAAUUUUGUCGAACGGUAUAAUAGGACGAGACUUUUUAAGAAGAUAUAGAUCAAUAUUAAACUUUGAGAAAAAUACUA